AUGAUUUCCACGGUUCCCAAAGGACUAUGCACAACAUGCAAGGGCAUACUAGAUAUAAUACGGGUAACUGGAUGGUACAAAAACCUUACAUAUCACCAAUCACUCUCAUCUUUGAGAAGUUCAGCUGAAAUCGCUUGUUGUAUAUGUGCGCUUGCGUUUAGUCGGCUAUACAACAGGGACUCUGACUCUUCUGAUCUUCCGGAAACGUUAUUCCCCAUUGAUUGCCAAUCAGACACAUCCUCGGCAAGCUGGCAACACUCAUUCGAAUUGGUCUUGCAAUCACAGACUGCAGCGAGCUUCAGAUUGCGGUUUUACUUUGGAAUUAUUGAGAACCCUCAGGGCGGCUAUGCCCAUUACGAGCCUUCAGUAUCUACAGACUCUCCAGAGACUUGGGAUCUGAUUGAACAUUGGACAUUCCGAGAUGCAGUCAAGAUCGCCCGAAAGUUCCGCUUGUGCUAUCUUUGCAUUGAUUCUUUAUGCAUAAUUCAAGACGAUAGCGACGACCGGAUCCGUGAAGCUGCUUCCGUGAGCAAUGUAUACCAGUACUCCUUCAUUAACAUAGCUGCCACAGGCGCAAGCGAUAGUUCUCAGGGAUGCUUUUGCGAGAGAAAUCCGCAGGAGGUAGUACCGACGGAACUUGAUAUAUGUUGGUCGAAUCACCGAGGAAGAAAAACCAGGUACCUUGUUGUACCAGCACCUAGCCUCUGUACCAGAAAGCUUACGGAAAAGCCACUGAACAGACGUGUAUGGGUACUACAAGGACGAAUCCUUUCACUCCGUGUUUUACAUUUUGGGCAUGAGCAGGUUUUUUGGGAAUGUCGAGAGUUAUCCGCAUGUGAAACCUACCAUGACAGACUACCUGUCGCUUUGUGUGGAGAUCCACUGAUCGGCAUUAAGAAACUACAGCUUGGAGAUGAGACCAAGGACGAACGCUGGCCCAUAGAGUAUAUCUCAGAAGCCUCAAAAUAUGAAACGAUGAUGGAAGGAAUACGGAAUAGCCUCAAGAUAAUGUUCCGGCCUAUUAUUAAGCGAGAAGUUACUCUCCAUGCCCAAAUGAAGAGCUCAUCAGCAUUUCGAGAUUGGGAUGCAGUGAUGGAACUGUACUCAAUGUCAAGUCUCACCUACUCCAAAGACAAACUUAUAGCACUGGCAGGUAUUGCAAAUAGCAUAUCAGUUUCCGGUUCAGGCGAACCUGGAGACGAAUAUCUUGCAGGUAUGUGGCAAUCAUCACUGCCGGUGUAUCUUUUAUGGAAACCCAGGAUAUCUGAGACCCCUCAGGGAGGGCUAUCCGAAAAGUCCUGGGCCUCCAUCCAAGACAAGAUAUCGUUUGCGUGGUGCCAGCAUAACUACGAUUCGAACGACUACCCGGUAACACUUGAAGAAGCAAGCAUGUCUUAUGAUAGUGUCUAUCGCUUCGGUCAGGUCAAUUCUGGAUUUAUAGGACUCGUUGGACCAGUUACGUCAAUUCUCUGGGUUACUGAGAAUCCUUUUCAUUCCGCCAAACCCAAGACCGCGAGGAUCACGCACGUCUUUCUACAGCACUUGAAUCGCAGUGAUUCUGUCUCCAUCCCUCCAGACUCUGACACGGAGCAAGAGAUUUUCUUUGAUAUGGCUAUGGAAGAAGUACCCGAGCAGCUCACAUUGUUGCCCAUUAUAGGAAUCACCAAGAAGACUGCACAUGAGAAUGAAGCGGUCAUUGAUCUAGUGCUAGACUCGUCAGCCGAAAAAAACAGGUUUCAACCUACCAGUUUCUUCUAUACUACAAGAACGCAAGUUAGGAGAAUCCUUAGAAACAUGCCACGAAAGCCUGUUAUAAUAGUCUGA